CGUCAACUAAGAAGAAACUUCGGCCCUUACAUGCGGUGAUUACAUUUUAUCAAUCGUCAAUCCCAUCAGCCUCCAACCUCCACCGGCAACCGGCGGUCGUCCCCGGCAAUCUGAUUAUCGGCGGCAGUGAGAAGUGGUGUCAUAUUCUAGCAUAAGUUUUACGCAGUUCCACCCCACCAUCUGUGGUCAAGAUGCCAGCAGGCGAGCCUUUGCACGAGUCAUCAGAAGCCGAGGGCGAGGUGCAGGUGUGGGCCCAGAUAAAAACUGAGGUAAAACGUGACGCUGAGUCUGAGCCAGCACUCGCAAGCUAUUUGUACUCGACAAUACUCUCGCAUUCAUCAUUGGAGCGCUCACUGUCGUUUCACUUGGGGAAUAAGCUGUGCUCGUCCACUCUCCUCUCGACGCUCCUCUAUGAUCUAUUCCUCGAUGCCUUUUCCUCUGAUUCCUCUCUACGCGCUGCCACGGUCGCUGAUCUAUUCGCUGCACGUGAACGUGAUCCUGCUUGCGUCUCGUUCUCUCACUGUUUACUCAAUUACAAGGGCUUCCUGGCCUGUCAGGCUCAGCGAGUGGCGCAUAAGUUGUGGAGUCAGUCACGUAAACCACUAGCACUGGCACUCCAGUCACGAAUCGCGGAUGUGUUUUCCGUGGACAUUCACCCAGCUGCAAGGAUCGGUAAAGGUGUUCUGUUCGACCACGCGACGGGCGUUGUGGUUGGGGAGACGGCAGUUAUAGGAAACAAUGUGUCAAUAUUGCACCACGUGACACUAGGUGGGACGGGAAAGGUGGGUGGAGACAGGCACCCAAAGAUUGGUGAUGGUGUACUGAUUGGUGCAGGUGCAACAAUUCUGGGAAACGUGAAGAUCGGUGAGGGUGCAAAGAUUGGGGCGGGGUCAGUGGUGCUUAUCGAUGUGCCACCAUGGACAACCGCGGUGGGGAAUCCGGCAAGGUUGGUCGGAGGGAAGGAGCGGCCCUCUAAACAUGAGGAUGUGCCAGGGGAGUCUAUGGACCAUACCUCCUUUAUAUCUGAGUGGUCUGAUUACAUAAUUUGACAAGUUUUUGCUUUUGUUAUGUUUAUAUCAUGUGUAGCUGUGAGUCUGAGACCUAUAAUCCAUAACUCUUACCUCUGAAAUGCUACAAUGCAGUCAACUGCUACUUUGUGUGUGUUAAUAUUAUAAAGCUCUCUCCGUCGUAAUUUGACAAGUUUUCAUCUGUAACAAGAUGAUAUGCAGA